CCUAGCUCUUACUGUUCGCUGCCAGCGAUGAAGCCCUUACCUUAGCAUCCCGGCUCUCCGCCCGGUACUAUUGAGUGACUAAGAUAUGCCUCUCCGCCACGCACUGCUUGCGUUGGCUGCGUCAAAGAAACCCAAUGACGUGCGGUUGUGCUUCUGUAACCACCAGGUCAGCAUUUUUGUUCGGCUGCCACCGGAGUUCCUGAGUUGAAGGACGACUCUGAAUACUCCCUGCGGUGUACGCGGCUGAGCAUCGUCCACCUACACGCCUGAGAACUCACCAGAUUGCAGGAAUGAAAAGAAAUAUACCGAGACGUUCCUUUGCGCCGUCCUAACCAAGCCAGAUUGGCAGAUAGAGCCGCGUCACUGCCCACCUUCCCACUGCGGUUGAGCCGACUCCAGCUUCACCGUCACCGACUAUGGCGCAGGCCUCCGAUUCUGCCAGCACAGCGUAUGGGGCAAAUAAGACGGUUUGGGAGAAGACCAAGGAUUACUCGGGCACCGCUUACGAAAAAGCGCUGAAGCCAGGGUUCAAUAAGGCUUACAGCUUUGUCAACAAGCUUGAAGCGCCUGUCAAUCGCUUAUCCAACAAAGUCGGUUCGGAAGCCUUUUGGCCCACGUCGUUGGACAAGGAGUCGGAGAAGGCUGCGCGCAUUCUGCGGGGGUUUUGUAAAGAUGGAUUCUACGAACAAGUCGACGAGAAACAGGCGGAAAAGGUGGCCGAGCGCAAAGCAACAGUAGAUGGCGCACCCGUGGGAAGGCAGAGGGUACUACAAAAGAUUCCCGCAAAGGUGAUUAAGAACUGCGUUGGCCUGGCCAUAUACACAACAAUGCGUACAGGAUGGCUUUUUGGCGGAUCUGGUGGUGCCGGAGUUUUGGUCGGCCGGCAUCCAGAAACAGGUGAAUGGAGUCCCCCAAGCGGUAUUCAGACACAGAAUAUGUCGUUUGGUUUCCUGGCCGGUGUCGAUAUCUAUGACUCGGUGCUGGUGAUCAACUCAUACAAAGCUCUCGAAGCAUUUACGAAGCUGAGAUGCACUCUCGGAACUGAAGUUGGCGUUGCGGCAGGUCCUGUUGGAAUGGGAGGAUCCCUUGAUACUGAGGUGGUCAAACGUCAUUCUCCGAUCUGGUCAUACGUCAAGAGCCGUGGUCUUUAUGCUGGAGUGGCACUCGAAGGCAAUGUAGUGAUCGAACGAACGGAUGAAAAUGAACGAUUCUACGGCGAGCGCGUUGGCGUCACCGACAUUCUGGUUGGCAAAGUCCGGUAUCCGCCCGUGGAAAAGUAUCAAGUGUUGUUAGAUACCCUGAGAGCCGCUCAAGGCGAGCAGGUAGAUGAGAGUUUGCUCCCAGAUGGACAGGCUCCCAGUGAUAUGGAGCUUCUCACAGACGCAAACUCCUUUGGCAUCCCUGCGGAGGACGAUCCCGACCCGUACGGCGUGAAAGCUUUGGAAGCGGAAGGACUGAGUAUCCGAGAAGCAGGGACACAUCAACGGCCAAGUGCGGAAGUGUUUGAGUUUAGACCGUCACCAACCAGUCCCAUAUAUGCGCAUUUCUCACGGAAGAGCGUUGACGGCUCUGUCAGAAGUCGGACAUGGAGAGAUAGUACUCACAGCCUGGCCAGCAUCGAUCGGGCAACACAAACCAAUGAAGAUGAGCCCAACAGUGCCAAUCGAAGUCCGAAGAGAGAUUCAGUUAAGGGCGGCGAGACUCCCAUGAAGCAUAGUCAGCAUGUCGACGAUGAGACCGACGACAACGACAAUGACAAUGACAACGAUGAUCACCACGACCACGACCACGACCAUCAUGAGCGUAGCGAGUCAUUCUCGGACCUGGAGGACGUGGAUUCUGAUGUUGAGGUACACACCGCCGUGCCUGUGAUGGCACGAGCAAGGGUUGUCGAAUUGCCCAAGCGCGCACCUCCUGCAUUACCACCACGAAACCCUGGAAGAGUGGCCUCGCCUACUUCGAGUAUUCAAGCUCCAGUGGAUGGGUUCGAUAGGAUAUCCUUGGAGGGCAAUUCGGAGGAGAGACAUAACGGCGAUCAGGUGCAUUCGCCAACAACGGCUCAAGACAAUGCAGAACAAGGUUUUCAUUCGGUUCCUGCAACACCUAAUGAGGAAUCGAGAGAAACCAACACCUUGCCAGGGUCUUUCGAAUGAAAGCGAUGCCAUGUUAACGACUGAAGCGGGAUGGGAAUUGAAAAAGAAACGCAUAGCGUAGACUCACUACAGCAGGUACACCGUUUGUGAUUUGCAUCCAGCUAAUUGAGAUGGAAGGAUUCCAGUACGAUGCCAUGACAAGUUUGAGAUGUUCUUGCCUGGUUGAUACUGUUGAGUCGUUCUUGCAUCUUGGAAAAUGAGAGAGUGGAAAUGGCAAGUGCUGCGUGGUCGUGCAGCCUCUUUAUCUUUCUCACUCUGCUAUUCUUUUCUUGCUUCUCAUUCUAUCACACCACACUUCAUCCUUUGGGCUGCCACUCCUUUUUGGUCAACAUUGCUACGACUGUAUUCAUCUGUUGCUG